AUGAUGUUAAGAUCAAGAGGGAUAAGCAGAAGGCUGUAUUCCCAUGUCUCGAGGGAUACCUUCCAAUUGAGUAGUUUAGGGAAUGGAUUAAAAGUUGCUACUACUAGUAUUCCUAGUCAUUUUAGUGCAUUGGGAGUUUAUGUUGGUGCAGGUUCAAGGUAUGAAAAGGGGAAUAUGAAGGGCUGCACUCAUAUGAUCGAUAGAUUGGCUUUUAAGUCUACUGACAGCAUGGAUGGUAAAACCGUUGCUGAGAAAUUGGAACUUCUUGGUGGUAAUUACCAAUGUACUUCAUCUAGAGAAUCAAUGAUGUAUCAAGCGUCAGUAUUUAAUGGUGAUGUUGAGAAAAUGUUAGAUAUUAUGUGUCAAACUAUUAGGUAUCCAAAAUUGACUGCAGAAGAGUUGCAAGAACAAAAAAUGACAGCUGAGUACGAGAUUGAUGAGGUUUGGAUGAAACCCGAAUUGAUUCUACCAGAAUUAUUACAUAACACAGCAUUUGGUGGGGAGACUUUAGGUUCUCCAUUGUUAUGUCCAAGAGAAUUGGUUCCUUCGAUCUCAAAAUACAAUUUACAAGAUUAUAGAAACAAGUUGUACAAUCCUGACAACACAGUUGUAUCAUUCGUUGGUGUUGAACAUGAAAAAGCUAUGAAAUUAGCGGAAAAUUAUUUUGGUGAUUGGGAAUCUACGCAUCCAAAAAUAACACCUGCUGUGGCAAAAUACGUUGGUGGUGAAACCUGUAUUCCUCCAGGUCCUAUUUUUGGUGGGUUACCAGAAUUAUAUCAUGUUCAAGUUGGAUUUGAAGGGUUGCCCAUCGAUGACGAAGACAUAUACGCGUUGGCUACAUUACAAACGCUGUUGGGAGGUGGUGGAUCAUUCAGUGCUGGUGGACCUGGUAAAGGUAUGUAUUCCAGGUUAUAUACACAUGUAUUGAACCAGUAUUAUUUCAUUGAGAAUUGUGUUUCGUUUAAUCAUUCAUACUCUGACUCAGGUAUAUUCGGAAUUUCGGUGUCAUGUAUACCUGAAGCAGCUCCACAGGCAAUUGAAGUGAUUGCGCAACAGUUGUUGAGCACAUUCGGCAAUGAAAGAUUGCCCUUGUUAGAUAGUGAGGUCAACCGUGCAAAGAAUCAAUUGAAGUCUUCAUUAUUGAUGAACCUUGAAUCUAAAUUAGUUGAGCUAGAAGACAUGGGACGUCAAGUGCAAUUGCUUGGACGUAAGGUCGCUGUGACAGAGAUGGUCAAUAAGAUUGAGAAAUUGACAGCGAACGAUAUUAAAAGAGUAGCAGAAAGAGUAUUCACAGGGCAAGUUAGGAAUGAAGGAGAAGGGACAGGAAAGGCGACAGUAGUAAUGCAAGGUAAAAGAGAGUCAUUUGGUGAUAUCGAUAUGAUAAUGAAACAUUAUGGUCUUGGAAAAUAG